GGAGUACGUUACUCGUGUGUUGCUCUGAUGCUCUUUAAAAGGGCAAUGAUACCAUGAGUACUAUCAGGUGUUUUGUGUUCGUGUUCGCAAUUAUAUGUAACUCACUUACUUCUGCAUAUGAUGAGUGUAAUGAACCACUUUUGGACAGAGCUCAUUUAAGAGCCACAUCACAAUUACCUGAAAGAGGUCCAUACAAUGCAAGACUAAAUGGAGGUUCUACGUGGUCACCAGAGCUUAGCAGUUAUGAUCAACAUCUUACUGUGGAACUGGGGGACAGAUAUGAGAUACGCAGCAUUGCCACACGAGGUCGUGCUCAUACUAACGAGUAUGUGACAGAGUACAUUGUCCAAUACUCCGAUGAUGGGCAAGCCUGGGCCAGUUAUGAAAGCCAGGAUGGCGUAGAUGAGAUGUUCAAAGGAAAUGUGGAUGGGGACACUAUAAAACUAAAUAAAUUUGAGGUGCCAAUUAUAGCACAAUGGGUUAGAAUAAAUCCAACUCGAUGGAGGGAUAGGAUAUCAUUGAGAUUAGAAUUGUAUGGGUGCAAUUACGUGUCCGACGUUCUCUCCUUCAAUGGUUCGUCCUUAUUGCGAUACGAUUUAUUAAGAGAACCCAUAGAGACUGAUAGGCAUUUCAUACGUUUCCGAUUCAAGACGAAUAACGCCGACGGGGUAUUAAUGUACUCCCGUGGUACACAAGGAGAUUACAUAGCUUUACAACUGAAGGACAAUAGGAUGAUAUUAAAUAUUGAUCUUGGAUCUGGUAUCAUGACCAGUUUAUCCGUUGGGAGUUUGUUGGAUGACAAUAUGUGGCAUGACGUUUUGAUAUCACGCAAUAGGAAGAAUAUAUCAUUCUCUGUAGAUAGGGUAUUAAUUAAGGGACGAUUGAAAGGAGAGUUUCAUAGACUGGAUUUAAAUAGAGCACUUUACAUUGGCGGCGUUCCUAAUAAACAAGAGGGAUUGGUAGUUAAUCAGAAUUUCACAGGAUGCGUGGAGAAUUUUUAUCUGAACGCAACAAGCAUUAUUCAUGACCUAAAAGAAACGGAAAUUACUGGAGAAAACUUACGAUAUUAUAGAGUGAAUACAAUUUUCAGCUGUCCAGAACCACCCAUAAUUCCGGUUACCUUUCUGACUGUGGGAUCGUAUGCUAGACUGAAAGGAUACGAAGGAAUAUCGUCCAUGAAUGUUUCUCUGACUUUUCGAACGUACGAGGAUAAGGGAAUAAUUUUGUAUCAUCAGUUUACGUCGCCGGGCUUCGUAAAGUUAUAUUUAGACGAGGGUAAAUUGAAGGUUGACAUUCAAACGAAAGGAAAUCCACUAGUGACUUUAGAUAAUUUUGACGAGAGGUUCAACGAUGGCAAAUGGCAUCAAGUGAUCUUAACAGUAUCGAAAAACAGUCUCGUUUUGAACGUCGAUGGAACGCCUAUGAGAACGAAACGUAUGCUAGAAAUGACAACAGGACCAGUGUAUUUAAUAGGUGGUGUGCUUGGAAUAGAAAGCAACCGUGGUUUUGUUGGUUGCAUGCGAAUGAUAAGUAUCGAUGGCAAUUAUAAACUGCCAACUGACUGGAAGGACGAGGAAUACUGUUGCAAAAACGAAGUAGUUUUCGAUGCUUGUCAAAUGAUGGAUCGUUGCAAUCCGAAUCCGUGUAAACAUUCGGGGAUUUGUCGGCAAAAUUCCGAUGAAUUCUUCUGUGAUUGUGCCAACACGGGUUACACAGGAGCAGUCUGUCAUACUUCGUUAAAUCCACUUUCAUGCGAGGCGUAUAAGAACAUAAACUCGGUAAAUCAACGAGCGGAUGUUAAAAUUGAUGUUGACGGAAGCGGCCCCCUGAAACCGUUCCCGGUAGUCUGUGAAUUUUAUACGGACGGACGUGUAAGGACCAUUGUCAGGCACAAUAACGAACGCAUGACCCCUGUGGAUGGAUUCCAAGAACCAGGCAGUUUCAUUCAAGAUAUUAUUUACGAUGCAGACAUGGAUCAAAUCGAAGCCCUCCUGAAUCGAUCCACAAGUUGUAGACAAAGAAUCAGCUACGAAUGUAUACGUUCGAAACUGUUUAAUUCACCGGUGGCGCAAGGAGACAAUUUCCGGCCAAACUCAUGGUGGGUCAGUAGGAAUAACCAGAAGAUGGACUAUUGGGGUGGAGCACUGCCAGGAUCUCGUAAAUGCGAAUGUGGUAUACUUGGGAACUGUGCAGAUCCUACGAAAUGGUGCAAUUGUGACUCGGAUUUGGACGGUGCCCUUGAAGAUAGCGGUGAUAUUACCGAGAAAGAGUAUCUUCCUGUUAAACAAUUACGAUUCGGCGACACGGGUACACCGGUGGACGAAAAAGAAGGACGUUAUACACUUGGACCGCUCGUCUGCGAGGGAGACGAUUUGUUCAAGAACGUAGUAACAUUCCGCGUUGUAGACGCCACUAUCAAUCUCCCGACAUUUGAUAUUGGUCACAGCGGUGACAUUUUCUUCGAAUUCAAAACAACGAUUGAGAAUGCUGUUAUAAUUCACAGCAAAGGGCCUACAGAUUAUAUAAAAAUCUCCAUAAACAGCGGAAAUCAGAUUCAAUUUCAGUACUUGGCGGGUAGCGGUCCGCUCACUGUGAGUGUGCAGACCUCUUAUAGAUUAGCGGACAAUCGAUGGCAUUCUGUUUCGGUGGAGAGGAAUCGCAAAGAAGCUAGAAUUCUAGUUGACGGUGCAUUAAAGAACGAAGUGAGAGAACCACCGGGACCGGUACGGGCACCACAUUUGACGUCGGAACUUGUGAUUGGUGCCACAACAGAUUACAGGGACGGCUAUGUGGGAUGCAUUAGAGCGCUUCUAUUGAACGGUCAACUACAGGAUCUCAGAAGUUAUGCUCGGCAAGGCCUAUACGGAAUUUCUGACGGUUGUAUGGGUAAAUGCGAAAGUAAUCCAUGUCUUAACAACGGUACAUGCCACGAAAGAUACGAUGGAUACUCGUGCGACUGCCGUUGGACUGCAUUUAAAGGUCCUAUUUGUGCGGAUGAAAUCGGGGUAAACAUGCGUCCUAGUUCUAUAAUAAAGUACGACUUCAUGGGUAGCUGGCGUUCUACAAUCUCUGAGAAGAUUCGAAUCGGUUUCACCACAACAAAUCCUAAAGGGUUCCUGCUUGGUCUAUUUUCAAACAUUUCUGGAGAGUAUAUGACAAUCAUGGUCUCGAACAGCGGACACUUACGUGUCGUUUUUGAUUUUGGCUUCGAACGACAGGAAGUGAUAUUUCCUAACAAACAUUUCGGCUUGGGACAAUAUCACGACGUCAGAAUCGGUAGGAAAAACUCGGGAUCCACUCUUAUUUUGCAAGUCGACAACUACGAGCCAAAGGAAUUCCAUUUCAACAUCAAAACUUCGGCGGAUGCUCAGUUCAAUAAUAUUCAAUACAUGUACAUUGGUAGGAAUGAAUCCAUGACAGAGGGAUUCGCUGGUUGCAUAUCCAGGGUUGAAUUCGAUGACAUAUAUCCGUUGAAGUUACUAUUCCAGGAAGACGGACCUGCAAACGUCCGUUCUUUCGGCACGCCUCUUACAGAGGACUUUUGCGGAGUGGAACCGAUCACACACCCGCCGGAUACCGUCGAAACGCGUCCACCUCCGCAGGUGGACGAAGAAAAAGUUCGAGCUGCGUACAACGAAACUGACACAGCCAUUUUGGGCAGUGUAUUAGCUAUCAUUGUCAUAGCGUUAGUAAUAAUGGCAGUACUUAUUGGGAGAUACAUGUCGAGACACAAAGGUGAAUAUUUAACGCAAGAGGACAAAGGUGCUGAAAUAGCGUUAGAUCCAGAUUCAGCUGUUGUCCAUUCUGCUACUGGUCAUCAAGUUCAAAAGAAGAAGGAAUGGUUCAUUUAA